AUGGAGCAGUACUCAAAACCGACACGGCUGAUUCCUUUACAGUUAUACUCCCCUUUUCAAAAUACAACCCCAUUUAGAAGACUUAUUUCUAGGGACCAAGAAAGGCUUCGAGCCAGGUCAUUUAAAAACCUCAAUGUCCAAUCCACCAAAAACCAAAAUUGCCCAGAAAAGAUAAUGAGUUUUGCCAGGCUUUACAGUCAGCCAGCCCUUGUUUUUACCACCCUUCAUGAACGACAAAUACUAGGAAGAGUCCGGAAGCCGAAAAACCUGCCUCCAUUGUCAAAAACUCAAUAUGACAGCCGAUUUCCUAAAACAACUGAAGCCAAUGAAAUAGACAGGAGGGCGUUUUCGCUUGAAUUGUCAAGAAAUAGCAGCCAGUCUGAUAUAAUAGAUGCAAAAUGGGUAGGUCUAGAAACACAUAAAAGCGAAAAAGUCAUAGAAUUUUUGCCUGAUUCUGACCUGAUUGAAGAAGCUGCAGAAAACCAGGAAUCAGAGCUGAUAGUAGAAAAGCCAGAAAACCAUGAUUCUGUUAUAAAAACUAUCGAAAAAGCUGAAGAAAGCGGAAAUUUUAAUUUUAUUGAAGACAAAGAGCUAGAAGAAGAUUUCAAAGCAUUAAAAAUUAGCAAUAUUGAAACUGUUGAGCAAGAUAACAAGUCAGAAGAUUUCGAAAUAAAUGAAAAUCAGGAAAAAGAGACUGAUAAAGGAGAAGAAAUCGUCAUACCCAAGCUGAAUUUACAAAUAGAGCAUAAUCGGCAUGACGUAGAAGAAGCGACCAGUCCAUUGUUAACCCCACUAUCAUUGCCAAAAAUUCAAAUUAUUGAAGAACAUCAAGAAGCUAGGACAGUCGCAGAAAAUUCUUCUCUGACUUUUGAAGCUCCUGGGGUGAUUUUAAGGCUAAAUUCAAUAAUUAUCACUGUAGAAGGGGUGGAUUUUGAAUUGAAAAUUCCGCUUGCACUGUGCAAACAUGUGAUGUUUGGGACUGAGCUUGAUAUUAUAGUUAAUAUCACGACCAGUGUUUUUAUUGGGAAUAAUCAAUUAUAUCAUAUAUUAUUAAAAAUUAUUUUGGACAGUUUUGUUUAGAAUCCUUUAUAUUUAUAUAAUUUAGCAUAACUUUUAUGAAAAAAGAAAAUUAUUUAACAAAUUAUGCAGAAAUUUCAGCCAAUAAUAUGCAAAUUAUUUUUCAGCCAGAUUUUCAAAGGUCAUUUCUUCUGCUCAAACCAGGCGCUGUAAAAGGAAAAAUGAUAGGAAAAACUAUUAAAAGGCUUGAAUUAGCUGGACUUGUAAUGAAAGCAAGCAAAAUGAUAAAGCCGAGCAAAAAUAUUGUGCAAGAGUUUUAUAAGGAUUUAAAAGAUGCUGAAAAUUACGAAAAACUAGUAGAAGGGCUAGCAGAAGGCCCGGUCGUUGUGAUGAGCUGGGAAGGGUCAAAUGCGAUUUUUGUAUGUAGAAAAAUAAUUCAAGCUAUAGAGGAUAAACUGUCUCCAGAUUCUCCACUAAGCGGCAGCUUUUAUUCACCAGAAAAUCAAAAAGAUACAGAAAAACAGCUGAAUCUAUGGUUUUCCAAUGAAGAGCGCAAAAACUGGGACUAUCAUAAAAAUCCAAGAAUAAUAAAAACUGGACAAGCAAACCGCGCCUGGGCAAUUAAGCUGCCAACGAUAGAAUAUAUAACAAUAGGUGGCAGCAUUAUCCGUCCAAUUCCUCUAGGAAUCUUACGACAAAUGAUAGAUUCCCAUUUUGAUAAAUGGAACGAAAAAUGGAUGACUUAUUUUAAGGCUCAUGAAAUAGAGGAAAAAUCUCCAAGGGCAAAACGAUCAGGGACAGACACAAGCUCGCUAAAAGCUAAUACUGUUCAUAAUGAAAAAACAGUGAUUUUAUCACUUAAUGCGCCUGAAGUCGUCAUGAGCAAUCAUGAGCUUGAAGCUAAAUAUCCUUAUUAAUCUUGCCUUAAAUUUUUAUUUCAUUAGAAAAUCCCAUAGAAAAUUUCAAUAAAUUUAGGGUAAACGGCAUACUCAUUCAAAAUUGAAGACAUUUCUUCACUUCUAGCCAUAGUAGACGAAAACGGCAAAGAUUUCCUUGAAAAUAUCAUGAUAGGCUGCAAACUUUCGAGCUCAGAAAUUCGGAAGAAAAAAGUUUGGAAAUUAAAGCUUGCAAUUGAUCCUUUAGAGUUCACAGGGACCAAAACCCAUAAGCUUGAAGCACAUGUAGCAGAUAUUGACAUUGACGGAACCAUCUAUAAUUGUGAAUUUUACAUGCCGAGCGUUGAUGUAUACGACCCAGAAACAAAACAUCACAAUCGAAUUCGCUUAGAUAGCGAUACAUGCCAAAAACUGGCAUUAGAAAACUUCGAUAAUUGGGAAAAAACUUGUCUGGAUUAUUUUGAAAAAAAUAACAAUUAA